GGAGGGCUCCUGAGAACUUGUGCCCUAGAUGCGGAUUAUUUGUGACAUCUUCCCAAAUGGUGGGACAUCAGGACCGGCUGCUCAUCAUUUACACACUCAUAUCUCGUCUUAUUCGCCGUGUAAUAUUACAAUCAGGAACUUUUCUUUUAUUGGUAAAAAAACGGAAAGUUCGAGCUCCUCCCACGGAUGGAUAUCUGAUUCCACAUUUUGGGGCAUCUGCACACUCAAACCUAAUGUAACAGAAUAUAAAAAGGAAGCAAGGAUUCGGUUUUUUCCCUGAGCGAUCAUAUUUAUUUAACCUGAUGGCUCAGACAAGUCAAGAAAAAGGGCAUGUUAAAUGUCAGACAUCUCAGAGGGUAACAUUAAAGUGACAAAAAGUUAUGGAGCGCCAAGUCGAACCAACUCGGCCGAUGAACACCACAAACAGUAGUUUUAUUAUAGCUUCAUCUUCGGUGGAGGAGAGCGCAGAUAGUCUCGUCUAUCAAAUCAGCCUGGCGGUGAUUCUCUCUGUUAUCACACUCGCCACCACUUUAUCCAAUGCGUUUGUCAUUGCAACAAUCUCGCAGUCAAAGAAACUGCAAACUCCUGCCAACUUUCUGAUCGCCUCUCUGGCCAUCACAGACUUGCUGGUGUCUAUUCUGGUGAUGCCAAUCUGCGUCCUGUACACCGUCAUCCACACCUGGACGCUGGGGCAAGUCGUAUGCGACAUCUGGCUCUCCUCGGACAUAACGUGUUGCACUGCGUCCAUCCUCCAUUUGUGCGUAAUCGCCCUGGAUAGAUACUGGGCCAUCACGGACGCGGUGGAGUACUCGAAAAAGCGCACGCCAGGACGCGCAGCUGGGAUGGUGGCCACAGCCUGGGUCAUCGCCAUUUCCAUUUCCCUGCCGCCUCUCUUCUGGAGGCAGGUGAAGGCGGAUGAGCUGACCAGCUGCAGCGUCAACAAUGAUCAUAUUUUCUACACCAUCUACUCCACCUUUGGGGCAUUUUAUAUCCCCACCUUGCUGCUUAUUGUCCUUUACGGGCGGAUAUACGUCGAGGCUCGUAAACGGAUCCUCAAACAGUCCCCCAAGAAGGUGGGGAAGAGACUCACCUCGGCGCACCUGGUCACCAACUCCCCUGGAUCCGUAGCGUCCACAACAUCUCUUCAGUCGGUGCUGGAGCACGACGCGCCGUCCAGCGACACCGGGUUUUCAGCAAGCGAGAACCAGGUGAAAGUGACGGUGUCGGACGCGCUUUUGGAAAAAAAGCGGAUUUCGGCAGGCAGAGAGAGAAAAGCGACGAAGACUUUGGGAAUAAUCCUCGGCGCUUACAUCGUUUGCUGGCUACCGUUUUUCAUUUACACACUGGUAGUGGCCACAUGUGAUACAUGUUUGAACCCCGAGUUAUUUGAUUUUUUCACUUGGUUGGGAUACUUGAACUCGCUCAUCAACCCGAUCAUAUACACAAUGUCUAAUGAGGACUUUAAGAAAGCUUUUCAUAAACUUAUGUGCUUCAAAUGCUGCCGAUCGUGAGAAAAUGUUCCUUCUGUCUACACUAAGAUUUGUUUAUGGACUUGGUUUGAUAUAACGUUCUAACAUGUAGGAGAAUAAUAUAGAAUAGUGAGAAUGCCACGAAUAACCACAUGUGAGACUCAUGCUGUUGCAAACUACUUUAAAGACUUAAAUACAAACAUUUUCUUCAGCGAUGCUGUCACUGAUUGGCUUACACCUCUGAUCGGACCGUUGUUAAACUUGCUGGAGUUUUCAAAAGAUUUACUACUGCACAUAAAGCUGAAUUAGUUCUCAAGAUGGAUAUUGUUGCAGCGUGAUGGGUGGAAAUGACAGUUUGAUAUCUGGUUCAAAAAUCCAGUUUUACGCACUUCGGAGAAUCACUUGAACGUGUCAUUUAAGUUCAUUUUAAUAGGCGUAUAUUCUUUAAUGUAUAAAGAAAAAAAUCAAGCGAUGGGUAUUCGAUAUGGAUUCUUAAUUAUUGGCACAUUAUCUUAAAGCAUCACCCAGCGCGUUAUUCCCGUGCGAAGACUGACCCAUUAAUACCAGUACACAGCAGAGACCACAAACCUCUGACAUGAUUUUGAAAGUUAAAAACAUAAAAGUCUUGCUAAAUGAAUCAGACUUCAUUUUGCAUUUGUGUACACAUGUGGCAGUGUGAUUUUUAAAACUCAGGAUGAUAUGCAUUUUGUGAAAUUACAACGUCUUUGAAUUGUGCUGCUCUGUAUGGCUGUUUAUUUAGAAAAGCACACUCAUGUCUGCUUGUACUGUACUGUGGAAGAGAUUCAUGCAAUAUCAGUGCCACCCACAGAAACUGCAGCUGAUAUUUACCCAGCAACACUGAUGAUAAGUUCAAUUUUACUGAACAAACAUCACUGUUCUGAUUUGUGUGUGUGUGUGAGGUUUG